GACCAGUGCGCGAGCUCGUCUCACCGGUGGCGCAGCUGUUGGGUCACGUGACGCAGCGCACGUCUCACGAGCGCUCAACUUUCACAUGUUUACAUUUCUUGUCUCUGAACUUAUAAGAAACGGGCUUAAACUAGCUUAAAUUUGCGCUACAAUUGUUUUAAAAGUGAAAUGUAAGUCCGAGCUAAUUUAAACCACCACUUGAGUUAAUUAAUUUGUUUAAGAAAUUGUGUUAAGAGCUAAAUUACAAUGUCAGUUAAUGAAGGCUAGCUAGCAAUAUGAGCUGAGGCGCUUUUUUGUUUUGCUAAUAAAUAAAUGAAGUGGAUAUGGAGGAAGACACUGUAGAAAACCAGCUUCUUCUGCAGGCUAAAGAGGGCAAUUUGACCCAGAUCCAGAGCCUCCUUCAGUCGAGGAUUAGCCAAAACAUCUCUCUCAACAUAAACAGUCGUUUUAAGUGGAAACCAUACUCUGGAUGGACUUCCCUACACUUGACCUGUUUUCAUGGACAUAAGGAUGCUGUGGAGGAGUUACUGAAGGCAGGGGCCGAUGUGAAUUUGCAAGACGACGCGGGUGACACAGCACUACACAAAGCUGCCUCCACCGGAAGAACGGAGAUUGUCUUGCUACUGCUACGCUAUGAUGCAUGUGUCGACAUUAUCAAUGGAACAGCCCAAGUCCCCAAAGAUGUCACGGAGGAUGAUGAAAUCGUUACAAUGCUGGAGGCUGCCGAGAGGCGGGAGGCGAGGCGGCAGGAGAGGAAAAUUCUGGAAGCAGCUCGAGAAGGGGAUGUGGCCAGUUUGUCCAAAAUGCUCACUGGCAAGAACCCUCCAAAUAUUCACUGCAGGGACUCAGUGGGGAACACGCCUUUACACUGUGCCGCCUACAGAGGGCAGAAGCAGUGCAUAAUAAAACUGCUUAAGUCUGGAGCCAAACCAACCAUCAGAAACAGCAAUGAGCAGACAGCACUGGAUGUGGCUCGCACUGAUGAAAUAAGGCAGAUAUUAACAGCCUGUCAGCAGAAGGAAGCGAACAAUGGUGUCCCGGUGAUUGAAGGACCUCUCUGGAAGAGUUCCCGAUUUCUUGGAUGGCGAUUGUACUGGGUGGUAAUUAAAGAGGGUACCUUAUCCUGGUACAACACGCAGGCAGAUGCUACAGCAGGUGUGAAGAAACAAGGCAGCACAUCGCUAUCACAAGCCUACUGUAUGGUAAAACCAUGGGAUCAUUGCUUCUUCCUGCUCAGGUGUUUUGAUGGCACUGUUUUAAAUUUUAAGGUCUCUCCAACAAUACAUUCAAUCACAAAAAGAAAAAAAUGGUUAGAAGCCAUAGACGCACACGUGGCCUUUUGCCAUCAACACAACAUUCAAGAUUAUGUAACAGGCGAAGAGGAUCCCACCGACACAGAUGUGACGAGCUUCACCCAAGCUCUUCAGACAGCCAGUGCUUGCCAACAGAAACUGGAGAAGGAAGUGUCAAUAUUUUUGUCUUUGGUGAAAAAUGUGCAAGAUGGUGCGAUUGAUCCUUCCAUUUCUCUGAAAGCCAAAGAGACCAGUGAGCUUUCAGCUGAAACCUCUGCUGCUCUACACCUGUGUCUGGAACUGCUGUCCAAACAGGAAGAGGUGUGGAGUCUGAAGUUGGAGCAGGAGGAGGAGAAGAACAGAGCUCUGACUGAGGCGCUGCAGUCGCUGUCCUCUCAGAACCAAGAGCUGAAGGUGUCUGUGUGCAGGAACAGGAAGUGGACAAGCAUCAGCGCUCUCACUGAGGAUGACUUCUAUGAUGCUCUGUCAGAGUCGGACUCAGAGCUGUCGGUGAGCGGUUUCCUGUCUGUGGCCAGUCGCUCCUUUGAAGAGGACGAGGGGAGAGACGCCCCCCUUCUAAGCAGCAGCAGCAGCAGCCUUCGCCAUCCCAGCGCACUCGCGGGGCCUACCGGAAUGUCAGGGGAGGGUAACCAUGGCAACUCAGCAGACCAACACAAUGGAAUCAAGCAGCACAGGUCAAGUUUACCGGCUCCUAUGUUCUCCAGAAAUGAUGUCAGCAUCUGGAGUAUCCUGAAGAAAUGUAUUGGCAUGGAGUUGUCUAAAAUCGCCAUGCCCGUGAUCUUCAACGAGCCCCUGAGCUUCCUGCAGCGGCUCACAGAAUACAUGGAGCACACCCACCUCAUCCACCGAGCCAACGCCACCACGGACUCCAUCGAGAGGAUGAAGUGUGUUGCAGCUUUUGCAGUGUCAGCCGUGGCAUCGCAGUGGGAGAGAACCGGGAAGCCUUUCAACCCUCUCCUCGGUGAAACCUACGAGCUAAUCAGGGAGGAUCUGGGUUUCCGGUGGAUGUCGGAGCAGGUGAGCCACCAUCCUCCCGUCAGUGCCUUCCACGCUGAGGGUCUGAGGGAGGACUUUGUGUUCCAUGGCUCCAUCUACCCCAAGCUCAAGUUCUGGGGCAAGAGCAUCGAGGCAGAGCCAAAGGGACUCAUCACACUGGAACUGCCCAAAUAUAAUGAAGCGUACACCUGGACCAACCCCACCUGCUGCGUCCAUAACAUUAUCGUGGGUCAGCUGUGGAUCGAGCAGUACGGCAGCGUGGAGGUCAUCAAUCACAAGACCGGAGAGAGGUGCAGCAUGACGUUCAGACCCUGUGGCCUCUUUGGGAAAGAACUUCAUAAAGUGGAGGGCUACAUCUUAGAUAAAAGCAAAAAGAAGCUCUGUGCGAUCUACGGAAAAUGGACCGAGUGCCUGUACACGGUCGACCCCGCUGCGUUUGAGGCCCACAAAAAGAGCGACAAAAAAAAUUCAGAUGACAAAAAGGGAAAGAAACAGAACAACGUCGAUGAAGAGCCUGAAGAAAUGCCCCCCCCUGAGGCAGAGACGGUGCAGGUCAUCCCGGGCAGCGAACUCAUCUGGAAAAUAACACCACGACCAGAAAACUCUUCAAAGUACUACGCCUUCUCCACAUUCGCCAUGCAGCUGAACGAGCUGGAGAAAAGCAUGGAGGGAGCCAUACCCCCCACGGACAGCCGGCUCAGGCCCGACAUCAGAGCCAUGGAGAACGGAGAUAUCGAUCUGGCAAGUGCAGAGAAGAAACGACUUGAAGAAAAACAGAGAAUGGCUCGGAAAAAUCGAUCAAAGUCAUCAGAGGAAUGGAAGAACAGGAACGGUGCCCUAGGACCAAGGUGGUUCCAGCAGGGAUCCAACCCUCACAACAAAGCUCAGGACUGGCUCUACUUAAAAGGCUACUGGGACCGGAACUACUCCCAGCUACCAGACAUCUACUAACAGAGCACCUAGCACUGCUGCCUGGACUGCUGAGAACGGCAGGGUAU